AAAAAAAAGAGUGAUCUGAUUAGGAAGUGGUAGCAACACCAGCCGGAUACCUUGUUUCAACUCGUCCUACAUAAUGUAUAAGUUUUUAUGAUUUGCUAGUAUAUUGAUCCCGCUUUAAAAUUUAUCAUGGACCCCCGUACCAGUGCCCAGGACGUGAUGCUAUGUGACCUGUGUGAGACCGCUGUGGUACAGAUGCACUGUGAUACAUGUCUUGUCAACCUGUGUAAGGCCUGCGUUGGAGAACACAUCUCAACAGAUGAAUCCAAGGACCACAAAGUCGUCAAAUUUGACUCCAGGAAAUCUACUCUUCUCUUCCCUGGAUGUGAAUCCCAUUCCCAUGACGAAGAACGAUGUGAAAUGUACUGUAAUCAAUGUGACAUUCCUGUAUGCAACACAUGUAUUGCAUCUGAUCAUCAUCUCGGUCAUAAAUAUUCAAAAAUUCUACAAAUCUUAGAUGAAAAAAGAAACAAAAUUAUGAAAGAUGUAACUGAAUUAAAUGAAACAAUUUAUCCAACCUACCAUGACAUUGCCUCUGAUGUACAGAACAGAAUGAGUCAGUUAGAAAAGGAAUAUGGGGAUCUCUCAACAGCCAUUACAAAACAUGGAGAGGACUGGCACAGAGAAAUUGACAAACUUGUCAAGAAACUUAAAGCUGAAGUUGAUGAGAUGAAAAACAAACAAUUACAAACUCUACAGAAACAUCUGGAUGAAAUAAACAAGACAAUGGCUGGCAUCAAGGAUGAAAUCAAUUCGGUUGAAAUGGCUAUAGACACUAAUGACUUGUCAAAACUGUUUAGUGUUACAUCCAAUGUAGAUAUAUACAGAAAUCUUCCACACAAAAUUAUGCCAUCUUUACCCAAAUUCAAACCGGGAAAAAUCCAAGGAGAAAACUUAAUUAAACUGUAUGGAUCCUUAGCAUCAGGUUAUUUAACAUCAAAUGAACAUGGCUACAGCAUGAAGACAAUACAGAAAUCACCAGAAGCUGGAUCCUCUCCUCCAGUCAAACAGCUCUUAAAUGAACCAGAGACUGUCACCACCAUAGACACUGGGUAUAGGGGUUAUCUAUACAAUGUGGCCUGUCUGAGUAGUGAAGAAAUCUGGACAAGUGGAAGUGACAGCACCAUGAAACUCUUCAGCAUCAAUCAGGGAUCACUACUCAAGUCAAUCACAUCAACGUCGGGAAAAGUGUCAACUAACAUAGCAGUGACCAAAUGUGGAGAUCUAGUUUAUACUGAUUUAAAAUGA